AUGUUGGAGACCUACCAGGACUGGAACGACUCAGGCUGGGGUCCUCUCUACGACACAUGUGUCCCCCGCUGGUGGCGGAUUGGGGAGUUGGAUCGGACACCUAUCGAGGUCUGGUGUGAACACAGCGAGCGUGCGCACGAGCUGAUACAGCGGGCCGACUUUGAUUCCGACACAUCACUCAGCGCCUUAUUUGCGGUGACGCCUGUGACCCCCAAGUAG